CUUCACUUCAGUAGCUCACUUUCCUUCUCCUCAACCACCACCCGGCCUCUUCCCUACGUGCUCGCCGAUCGAUGGAGUGGACACCAAAGCAGCAGGCUCUCGGCGGCCUCGGCCUCGCCGGCGUCUGCCGGGAGACCUGCCGUGUGAUCCGCCGCGCCAUGCUCCCCAACUUCGUCAACCUCGGUCCCCCGCUGCUCUCCGCGCUCUUGCUCGCCACCUCCGCCGCCAUCCGCGCCCUCUGCUCCCGCGUCCUCUCCGACCUCCACCACGACGGCCCCGGCCUCCUCCGCCUCGUCACGGACCGGCUCGCCUUCUUCCUCCUCGUGGCCGUCUCCAUCGGCGUCGUCCUCCUGCUCGUGCUCCUCUGCGCCACCGCCGCCUUCGUCUUCUGCAUCGCCUCCCUCUACUGCACCGGAGGCGACCUCCGCGCCGCCGAUCGCGUCCUCAGGGGGUUCCCCACGUUCCCGCUCGCGCGGCUCGUCUACACGUUCCUCCUCUCCGCGGUCCCCUUCCUCGUGAUCUGCGCCUCCCUCUCCGUCGCCGCCCUGUUCCAUCCCCAGGAGCUGCUUGGCUCUCCUCCGGACAAGACCAUGCUGCCGCUGCAGCUGCUGGGAUGGGCCGCAUGCCUCGCCGGCGCGGCCUACGUCGCCGUGGUGUGCCAGCUGGCCUGCGUGGUGUCCCUGCUCGAGGAUGCCAUGCUCUUCGGCGCCCUGCGCAAGAGCCGUGCGCUCGUCGCCGGCAAGUUCUGGGCGGCCGCCGGCGUCUUCGGCACGCUCGACGGUUGCAUCUUCGCCUUGGUGCUCGCUUUCCGGGCUCUGGUGGUGGACGAUGCGCUGGGCCUCGGCCUCGGGUUCCAGGUGGCCGCCGGGGCGGCGAUGGCGGUGGCUCUGUGCGCGGUCGUGCUGUUGACGCUGGUGGCGCAGCCGGUGGUGUACAUGGUGUGCAAGAACCACCACCACGAGGUCGUCGACAAGGUUCACCUCGACUGAGUACGGGCGGCCGUGACACGGGCGUGGAGCUGCUGCAGCCCGUCAAGACGGUGCAGAUUCCAGCGACUCUGACUAGCCAGCUGCAUCCUGUCCACGACCCCAUGGUAGCAACUUGAAGAAGAUUUGCUUAAGUGGUACAGUAGCUUAGUAGUAGUAAGUUGCUGUAGUCCUAAGUUUAUGUCAACUCUCGUCGUGACUCGUGAAUUUAUGUCUGAUUAUCACUGCACCGGAUGUGCAUGCGAUUAUAUAUGUGUGAGGGUCUGUGAGACCCUGAGUAGUAGUGCUGGAUAGGAGUUUGAUAUAUUUUAUAUGGCCAAAGCGUGUAAUCGUGGUCACA